AUGUACGCUGAUCUCGUGGAGAAUGGAGGGCGGAGGUCCGUGAAGGAGCGCCUUAAUGGGAAUGGUACUAGUGGUCCUACUCGGCUGCAGCAACAGCGUCAAAUCACCGGCAAGAGAAUUGCUGUUCUCCCGCAAUUUGCUAUAGUGUUUUUGAGGUCGAGGCAAGAUGACAAGUGGGAACAUGAUCUUUUUGACGAUGGUGAACCACAGAUCACUAAUCGCAAAGUUAGUGCUCAAGAUCUACGCCUCAAGCUUCAAAGGAAAGGUCUUCAAUCUGCAUCUCAGAGUGGAAAGAGUUAUGCUCCAAACAUGCGUGAUCUCCGUGAAAGGCUAUCAGGAACAAUGACAGUACAACCUACAAAUGCUGAUCCGCCAAAAUCAAAAGUUGUUAAACCAAGCAGUAAAAAUAUUGGUGUUGAGGUCCCUGCAGUGCAGAUCAAAAGGCCAGCUGACCCAGCUCCUAAAAGGUCUCGGAAGGCUGACACUUCAAUUGAUGAAUUUUUGCGGUCCUUGGGUCUUGAAAAGUACCUCAUAACUUUUCAGGCUGAAGAAGUUGAUAUGACAGCUCUCAAUCAUAUGACUGAUGAAGAUCUCAAGGCUAUGGGCAUACCAAUGUUUCAUUGA